UGGCCCAUUAUGUCUGAGCAGGUUUCACUGUGUUCACAGACACCAGCUCCGUCCGCAGUUUACAGACAGGUGUAGGAGAGCUGCACGGGGAGACCAGGUUCUGGCAUGGAAAGGACUACUGCAAUUUUGUCUUCAAAGAUUGGGUUCAACUUGAUAAACCUUUUGCUGAUUUCAUUGACAGGUACACCACUCCCCGGAUGCCCUGGCACGACAUUGCCUCUGCAGUCCAUGGGAAGGCGGCUCGUGACGUGGCGCGUCACUUCAUUCAACGCUGGAAUUUCACGAAGAUUAUGAAAUCAAAAUAUCGGUCCCUUUCUUAUCCUUUUCUCCUUCCAAAAUCUCAAGCAACAGCCCACGAAUUGAAAUACCAAGUACCUGGGUCUGUCCAUGCUAACGUACAGGUAUCAUCCAAAAUUCCCCACAGACAAGACUUUCAUCCUCAUUAGGAAUUGACUUUAGCCUAACCAUCUGGGACUCUUCUAUUAAAUUUCUGCCAGGGUUUUACAUCUGGUUAGCUCCACUCUCUAGAGCACAUUCUCUACAUUAAAUGUUAUUGAAACUGAUUUCUACUCCAUACAGAUGUUUUUGCAACAGCAAUUAAAGUUUUUCUUCCAUAAGUUGGAUCCUCUUAAGAA